GGAUUGCAGCGUGGAUGAGGUGGAGUCCCAGAAUCCGCGUCAUUGAUUGCGGCCUCUGAGCAUCUUCCACCCCCUUCAGCCGCUGGAUGCAGGGACACUCUUCUCCGCGUCCCUGUGUGCUGACAGGUAGCUGGGAGCCGCGGAGACGAGGGAUGUAAUGAACACCUGUUUAAAUAUAUGCAAAGUGCCUCCAGUUUAAGGAAGCGGGGAGGAGAAAGAGAAGGGGGAGUUCUGCAGGGUGGGAAAAUCACCACAGUUUAUUUUUUUUGUUUCAAGAGAACCAAAGCUGCCGAUCCGAGGCAGAUAUGGGAUUGGAGCGGACGGGAAGAAGUGCCGGGAGCGGGCUUUCGCUGCGCGGUUAAGCGAUCGACUUGGCCAGCCCAUCGCCAGCCCAUGAGGACGCACGAUGGCCAAACAGUACGAUGUGUUAUUCAGACUACUACUCAUCGGAGACUCCGGGGUGGGCAAAACCUGCUUGCUCUGCCGCUUCACGGACAAUGAAUUCCACGCUUCACACAUUUCAACUAUAGGAGUUGACUUCAAAAUGAAGACAAUAGAUGUGGAUGGAAUCAAAGUACGAAUACAGAUUUGGUGAGUUCUGAAGGGGAUGUCGACAUCUGGGCAGGAACGAUACCAGACUAUUACAAAGCAGUACUACAGGCGGGCCCAGGGAAUCUUUUUGGUGUACGAUAUCACAAGCGAGCGGUCCUUUCAGCAUAUCAUGAAAUGGGCCAGUGAUGUUGAUGAGUAUGCACCAGAAGGGGUUCAGAAAAUUCUCAUAGCCAACAAAGCUGACGAGGAACAGAAGAGGCAAGUUGGUGCAAGGCAAGGUCAUAAGGUGACUUGCAAAAAAUAUGGAAUGGACUUCUUUGAAACAAGUGCCUGCACCAACUAUAACAUUAAAGAGUCAUUCACUCGACUGACGGAACUAGUGCUACAGGCCCAUAAGAAGGAGCUUGAUGGACUUAGGCUGUCAACACCCGAUGAACUUGUCAUUGGCGAUUUAGAAGAAGAUGACAGCAAAACCGAGCGGAUUGAUAAUUCACAAAAAGCUUGCUGGUGCUAGAAAUAUCGCAAAAAUGAAAAAUCCUAUUCAACUGUCUGAGUCAUGCCUCAAACUUUCAAGACCUGGUUGCCUGCUCCUACACUGUGUCAUCUCAAAUAUUCAUCUGAAUCCUGCCUUUCCCUUGAGUUGGAUUAAUCCGUACAGUCAGUUUUUAUCGUAUUGUAUUUUUGUCCUGGCUCUGUGAUUCAACAAUUUCUUGGACCUGGCUUGUCUGCUGUGCUUUUUGUACAGUUACUGUGCUGUGAUUCAUGUUCAGAUCACCGAAUGUUGAUCCAGUAGCCCAGUUUCUACAAGACUGCAGUUUCAGUAUUUGUUUCAUAUGUGAAUGACCCUUCCAGAUAAUACGUCUCAAGAUCAAUCAAUAUGCCAAUUUCUUGAAAUAUCCCCAAUUGUGUAGUUAGUUUCUGCAAAAUGCUAUUAUUAUUCUUGCUCAAUAAAAAUGCUUUGUGGUUUUUUUUUUGUCCAAUAAUUUCUAAGACCCGUGUAUCUCCUCACGCACAACUCUUUUAGAAUUGCAAGAAGGGUUUGCGAUUAUGACAAUAAUUUAAAGGCAUGAUCAAAAGAUGCUUUAAUAAAGGCGAAUUAAAUUAA